AUGGACCUCAGCUACGAUCCAGCCAACAUAAAAGGCCGAACAAUCCUCAUAACCGGCGGCGCAUCAGGAUUCGGCGCUGCAUUUGGCACACGCUGGGCCGCAGCCGGCGCCACCGUGAUCCUCGGCGACAUAAACCCAAGCGGAGAAGAAGUCACAGCACGAAUCCGACAAGAAACGCAGAACCCGAACGUGCAUUUCAUCCAACUGGACGUCACAUCAUGGACAUCGCAAGUGAAUUUCUUCCGCGAAUCCCUCCGCUUAAGUCCGCACGGCGGAAUCGACACCGUCGUCGCAAACGCAGGUAUCAACGAUGCACGCGAGGCUAGUGUCUUUGAAAAUCCCAAGGUCGACUACCUGAAUGAUCCAAGCCCGCCGGCUCCAAGCUUCAACACCCUUGAUGUUAAUAUCACCGGUGUGAUGUACACAGUGCAUUUGGCAUUGUUCUUUCUACCGAAGAAUCCCGACUCCAAGCCUUGUCGCGAUGUUGCCAGUGCCAGUGCCAGUGCCAGUGCCAGUGCCCCGGACUCGGAGAAUCAAUCUCGAAGAGAUAGACAUAUCCUUCUUCUUGGAUCUGUCGCAAGCUUACACCCGCUCAUGACACAAGCGCCGUACACCGUUUCCAAGCACGGAAUUCUGGGAUUAUUCCGGUGUCUGCGCAUUUCAGCUCCGAUUAGCGCCGGCGUGCGGGUGAACAUUGUCUGUCCAUAUUACACCGAUACCCCAUUCAUGCAAGCGCCACCGCGAGCGCUGCUGGCAGGCUGUCCGCUGGGAAAAAGCGAGGAUGUCGUCGAUGCAGCGUCAUAUUUGGUUGCGGAUAGGGAUUGUAUAGGUCGAUCGCUAGUCACAGGGCCGAAAUUGAAGCUUGAUCCUUCGACUGGCGGCGUUGGGCCCGAAUACCCUGAGAGCGGAGAUGGUUCCCAGAAACUAGAGGGACCGGUCUGGGAGUGCUAUCUACAUGACAUGGAUCCUGCGGAUAUCUUUACUCGGCGGAUGCUGACGGCUGUUAAUACGGCUGUGCAAGUACGGGGAUGGUCUGGUUGGGCGUAUGAUAUGGCGGGUGCUUUGACGUGGCCAGCACGUCAAUGGUGGAAUUCUCGAUCCGCUCGAAGAUAG